AUGCUUACUCUGAAACUCUUCGUUUAUACCGUAGUGAUAUUUUUUGUUUCUCUCUUCAUCUUUGGAUUCCUAUCUAAUGAUCCAGGACGUAAUCCUGGACGUGAAGAAUAA